AUGGCGAGUUUGGCGGUACACUCCAAGAAGCACAAGAUGUGCGUGGUGGGCUCAGGCAACUGGGGCACGACAAUCGCCAAGGUGAUUGCAGAGAACACGCGCGAGAACAAGGACCUCUUCGACGAGGAGGUGCAGAUGUGGGUGUACGAGGAAGAGGUGCAGAUCCCCAAGGACAGCAAGCACUACGACCCGGGCUCGUCGCUCUGCUCGAAGCCGCAGAAGCUCACGCAGCUGAUCAAUGGCUUGCACGAGAAUGUCAAGUACCUGCCGAACAUCCCUCUGCCGGAGAACAUCGUCGCCAACCCUGAGAUCACGGACGCCGUGAAGGAUGCGACCAUUUUGAUUUUCAACCUGCCGCAUCAGUUCAUCAACAAGGUGUGCGAGAAUAUCAAGGGCAAGAUCCUGCCGUUUGCAAGAGGUAUUAGCUGUAUCAAGGGCGUGGCGGUCUCAGACAAGGGAUGUGAUCUGUUCUCGGACAGCAUUGGACAGAAGCUGGGCAUCUACGUCGGUGCAUUGAGUGGAGCGAACAUUGCGAACGAGAUUGCACUGGAGAAAUGGUGCGAGACGACGGUUGCAUACGAUCCGCCAGUCAUGGACUCUCGACAACCCACGCCAGAAGCCACGCCCUCGGGCUCACCUCACGGCUCCUCAGCAAAUCUCAAGGACCUCAAUGGCACCACCGCAACCACACCGAAGGGCAAGACCCAAAAGCUCCUCGCCCUCCCCGCCGAAUACCCGCCCCUCAACCACAGCAACAUGAAGAAACUCUUCCACAGGCCCUACUUCCACGUCCGCAUGGUCACCGACGUCGCAGGCGUCUCCCUCGGCGGCGCCCUCAAAAACGUCGUCGCCCUCGCCGCCGGCUGGGUCGACGGCCUCGGCUGGGGCGACAACGCCAAAGCCGCCGUGAUGCGCGUGGGCAUCCUCGAAGAAACCAAAUUCGGCCGGACCUUCUUCUCCGAAACCUGCCGCACCGAAACCUUCACCGAGGAAUCCGCCGGCGUCGCAGACAUGAUCACAUCCUGCUCCGGCGGCCGCAACUUCCGCUGCGCGAAGAUGAGCGUCAAGGAAGGGAAACCCAUCGAAGAAAUCGAAGAGCGCGAAUUGAACGGCCAGAAACUGCAAGGUACAAGCACAGCCUACGAAGUCAACGAAUUCCUGCGCAGCCAGAACCGCGAGAAGGAUUUCCCGCUCUUCACGGCGGUCUACGAGAUUCUGGACGGCAAGAAGAAACCGCAGGAUAUCCCGAGUUUGAUUGAGCCGGCGAAUGAGUAA